AUGCUGAAAAAUAGGUAUACCGGUCAAAAAGACUUCUUCGACCUCUUCAAGUUUUUUGGUCACUAUGUCUACGAUAAACCCCAUUUCUGGAUGACGUACAAGAGCCUUUCUAGCAAAGAGCACAGACGUUUGAAAAAAGAGAAGAAAAUUCCAAAGAUAAAGAAAGAGCCGGAAAAGAACAUGUGGGAUGCCUUCGUCUUCCCGGAAAUCAAUCAUCCUCCACCUCCAUCGUACGACCCUGAAGACAAUUUGAUUCGAAUAGACUCCAGCAUGAAACCCGAAUACAUGGCAGCAAAGUACGAAAUUUAUGCAGAUGGAUACUUCAUGAACCUCCUCAAUGCUGAUGACCGUAAAAGCAGGGAAUACAUGCAAAUUGACUUCCUUGUCAAUUUCGAUGUAACCGAAGAAGAAAUCAAAUGGAUCAACUGA